AGUCUCCUGUGGAUCCCGAGUGGAGCCGGCCGUCGCGAGAGUGCCCCGAGCCCGUGGAGUCGCCGCGCCCCGCAGCCGCCCAGGCUGGUCCCCCGCCUUGAGUGUGGGUCCCGUGGGAAUGGGGAGUCGCCGGGGCCUGGGCCAGCCGCGGGCCGGCCUCUGCCUGCUCCUGGUGUCUCUGCAGCUUCUCCCCCGGACGCAGGCCGACCCUGUGGAUGUGUUGAAGGCCCUGGGCGUGCGGGGGGGCCAGGCUGGGCUCCCCGAGGGUCCCGGCCUCUGCCCCCAGAGGGUCCCGCAGGGCGACCGGGCAUUCGGGGUGGGCAAGGCCAGCACGCUCGGUGUCCCCACGUGGGAGCUCUUUCAAGGUGAGUCAGGCACUUUCCCAAGACCUUCUCCGUGCUGAUCACUCUGCGUGGCCGGCCAGCCAACCAGUCUGUCCUUCUAUCCGUCUACAAUGAGGCCGGUGUCCGGCAGCUGGGCCUGGCGUUGGGGCCGGCUCUGGACCUCCUAGGUGACUCCUUCAGCCCCCUCCCCCAGCAGGUCAGCCUCACGGACGGCAGGUGGCACCGUGUGGCGGUCAGUGUGGAUGGUGGGAUGGUGACACUGGUGGCUGACUGUGAACCUCAGCCCCCCGUAUUGAGCCAGGGACCUCGAUCCAUCAGCACAGCUGGACUUACUGUACUGGGGACCCAGGACCUCGGGGAGGAGACUUUUGAGGGAGAUAUUCAGGAGCUGCUGAUAAGCUCAGAUCCUCAGGCUGCCUUCCGAGCCUGUGAGCAGUACCUUCCUGGCUGCGAUGACCUGGAUCCUGUAGCCACAGGGGUGCCCCAGGGGGAGCCGGAAACCCCUCCCCGUCGGCGGAAGGGGAAGGGAAAAGGGAAGAAAAAAGGGCGAGGUCGUAAGGGGAAGGGCAGGAAGAGGAAGAACAAGGAAGUUUUGGCCCUGAGCCCACCUCCUGUCUCCCUGGAGAACCAGACCUCCACUGACGUCCCCAAGACAGAGACACCAGCUCCAACUCUGCCUCCGACUCCCACGCCUUUGGUCAUCACCACGACUGUGGCCAUUGGCAGCAACGUCACCGUCCUAGAGGAGAGCUUGGACCCUGACGGUGGAACUGAACUGGGGACCGUGGAGACUGAGUUAGCCAGACAAGAAGAAGAAAGUGGUCCCACCAUGGGCCCCCACUUCCGGGCAGCAGAACAGUCAUGGAGGACUGAGCUCCAGAUCUUUCCUGGCGCUGGGGAGAAGGGAGAGAAAGGAGAACCGGCCGUGAUUGAACAGGGACAGCAGUUUGAAGGACUUCCAGGAGGCCCAGGACCCCAAGGGGUGGUUGGCCCCUCAGGUCCUCCUGGCCCGCCAGGAUUCCCUGGGGACCCUGGUCUACCGGGCCCCGCUGGCCUCCCAGGAAUCCCUGGCAUUGAUGGGAUCCGGGGUCUGCCAGGCACUGUGAUCAUGAUACCGUUCCAGUUUGCAAGAGGCUCCCUCAAAGGACCCCCAGUCUCCUUCCAGCAGGCCCAGGCUCAGGCAGUCCUGCAACAGGCUCAGCUCUCUAUGAAAGGCCCCCCUGGCCUGGUGGGGCUCACUGGGCGCCCAGGCCCCGUGGGUCUCCCUGGGUAUCCAGGUCUGAAAGGAGAGAUGGGAGAAAUGGGGCCACAGGGCCCCCGAGGACUUCAGGGACCUCAUGGACCCCCUGGCAGACAGGGAAAGAUGGGCCGCCCUGGAGCAGAUGGGGCUCGAGGCCUCCCAGGGGACACAGGACCUAAGGGUGAUCAGGGCUUUGAUGGCUUGCCAGGGCUGCCUGGAGAGAAGGGCCAGAGGGGUGACUUUGGUCAUGUGGGGCAACCUGGGCCCCCAGGAGAGGAUGGUGAGAAGGGCGCAGAGGGACCUCCGGGGCCCACCGGCCAGGCUGGGGAGCCGGGCCCCCGAGGACUGAUUGGCCCUAGAGGCUCCCCUGGCCCCCUGGGACGCCCGGGUGUAGCUGGAAGUGCCGGUGCUCCAGGUGCCAAAGGAAAUGUGGGUCCUCCAGGAGAACCAGGCCCCCCAGGACAGCAGGGAAGUCCCGGGUCCCAGGGAAUCCCCGGCCCCCAGGGACCCAUUGGCACUCCUGGUGAGAAGGGUCCCCCUGGGAACCCAGGAAUUCCAGGCCUCCCAGGAUCUGAUGGCCCUCUGGGUCACCCAGGUCAUGAGGGCCCAACAGGAGAGAAAGGGGCCCAGGGUCCAGCAGGGUCGGCAGGCCCUCCGGGCUAUCCUGGACCUCGGGGUGUGAAGGGUACCUCUGGCAACCGGGGCCUCCAGGGGGAGAAAGGAGAGAAGGGAGAGGUUGGCUUCCCAGGUUUCAAGGGUGACGUGGGGCUCAAAGGCGAUUGGGGGCAACCCGGACCCCCAGGUCCUCGGGGAGAGGAUGGUCCUGAAGGGCUGAAGGGGCAGGUGGGGCUUGCUGGUGAGGAGGGGCCCCCAGGCUCAGCUGGGGAGAAGGGCAAGCUUGGGGUGCCGGGUCUCCCAGGUUACCCAGGACGUCCAGGCCCUAAGGGAUCUAUUGGUUUUCCCGGGCCCCUGGCACCGUUAGGAGAAAAAGGGAAGAGGGGGAAGGCUGGGCAGCCAGGCCUGGAAGGAGAGCGGGGACCACCAGGCUCCCGUGGAGAGAGGGGCCAACCAGGUGCCACAGGGCAACCAGGCCCCAAGGGUGAUGUGGGCCAGGACGGAGCCCCUGGGUUCCCUGGAGAAAAGGGCCUCCCAGGUCUGCAAGGCCCUCCUGGGUUCUCUGGACCAAGGGGUCCCCCUGGCCCCCAAGGGAAAGACGGGCCACCUGGGCACCCUGGACCUAGAGGAGAAUUGGGCUUCCAAGGUCAGACAGGCCCACCUGGACCAGCUGGUGUCGUGGGUCCUCAGGGAAAGACGGGAGAAGCAGGGCCUCUGGGUGAGAGGGGGCCCCCAGGCCCCCCUGGAUCUCCUGGUGAACAAGGUCUUCCGGGCCUGGAAGGCAGAGAGGGGGCCAAGGGGGACCUGGGACCACUGGGACCCUUUGGGAAGGAAGGGCCACCUGGACGCAGGGGCUUCCCUGGUCCCCAAGGAGCCCCCGGGGACCCAGGACCUACUGGUUUGAAGGGUGACAAGGGCCCCCCCGGCCCCGUCGGGGCUAACGGCUCCCCUGGGGAGCGCGGCCCUGUAGGCCCAGCAGGGGGCAUUGGGCUUCCUGGCCAAAGUGGAGGCCAAGGCCCUGUUGGCCCUGCAGGCGAGAAGGGGUCCCCGGGUGAACGCGGCCCCCCUGGUCCCACUGGCAAAGAUGGGAUCCCAGGGCCCCUGGGGCUUCCUGGAUCCCCUGGAGCUGUGGGGCCUUCUGGCGAGGAAGGGGACAAGGGUGAAGUGGGAGCCCCGGGUCACAAGGGCAGCAAAGGCGACAAGGGGGAUGCGGGCCCACCUGGACCAACAGGGAUACGGGGUCUUGUGGGACACCCAGGCUCCCCGGGGGCAGAUGGGGCUCAGGGACACCAGGGACCUCCAGGCCUCUUUGGGCAGAAAGGAGAUGAUGGAGUGAGAGGCUUCAUGGGGGUGAUUGGCCCCCCUGGCCUGCAGGGGAUGCCAGGCCCUCCUGGAGAAAAGGGGGAAGUUGGAGAUGUAGGGUCCAUGGGUCCCCAUGGAGCUCCAGGCCCUCGGGGUCCCCAGGGACCCAGCAGAUCAGAGGGUCCUCCAGGGCUGCCUGGGGGAGUUGGUCAGCCUGGAGCAGUGGGUGAGAAGGGUGAGCCAGGGGAGCCUGGAGACCCGGGACCCCCAGGAAUCCCAGGCAUCCCUGGGCCCAAGGGAGAAAUUGGUGAAAAGGGGGAUGCAGGCCCAUCUGGGGCAGCUGGACCCCCGGGCAAGAAAGGCCCCCCCGGAGAGGAUGGAGCAAAAGGGAACGUGGGCCCCACAGGGCUCCCAGGAGACCUAGGCCCCCCCGGAGACCCUGGGGUUUUGGGUCAAGACGGCCCCCCAGGGGAGAAGGGAGACCCUGGAGAUGUAGGGGGACUGGGUCCACCUGGUGCUUCUGGGGAACCCGGUCCCUCUGGGCCCCCUGGCAAAAGGGGUCCUUCUGGUCGCACGGGUCGAGAAGGCAGAGAAGGGGAGAAAGGUACCAAGGGGGAACCAGGUCCUGAUGGGCCCCCAGGGAGGACAGGCCCAGUGGGGACUCGAGGGCCCCCUGGGCAUGUCGGGCCUGAGGGUCUUCGAGGGAUCCCCGGCCCUGUGGGUGAACCAGGCCUGCUGGGACCUCCUGGACAGUUGGGUCCUCCUGGCCCCCUGGGGCCCUCUGGCCUCCCAGGGCUGAAGGGAGAUGCUGGCCUCAAGGGGGAAAAGGGCCACAUCGGAUUAAUUGGUCUCAUUGGCCCCCCUGGGGAGGCUGGUGAGAAAGGGGAUCAGGGUUUGCCAGGAGUGCAAGGCCCCCCUGGCCUCCAGGGAGAACCUGGUUCCCCUGGUCCCGUCGGCUCUCUGGGCCACCCUGGACCCGGAGGUGUGGUGGGUCCUCCAGGACAGAAAGGCUCAAAGGGGUCCCUGGGAUCCCAAGGUCCCCGCGGAGACACCGGACCCCCAGGACCCCCCGGCCCCCAGGGUCCACCUGCAGAGCUGCACGGGCUGCGCCGGCACCGGCGCUCGGUCCCGGGCCCGGGAGUCCCGGAGGGCGGCCUGGAGGAGGUGCUGGCCUCGAUCACGUCGCUGAGCUUCGAGCUGGAGCAGCUGCGACGCCCUCGGGGCACGGCUGAGAACCCGGGCCUCGUGUGCAGCGAGUUGCACCGCAACCACCCGCAUUUGCCCGACGGGGAAUACUGGAUUGACCCCAAUCAGGGCUGCGCGCGGGAUGCGCUCAGGGUUUUCUGCAACUUCACGGCGGGAGGAGAGACCUGCCUUUACCCAGACAAGAAGUUUGAGACCGUGAAACUGGCCUCCUGGUCCAGAGAAAAGCUGGGAAGCUGGUAUAGCACAUUCCGUCGAGGGGAGAAGUUCUCCUACGUGGAUGCUGAUGGGGCCCCGGUGAGUGUGGUACAGUUGACCUUCCUGAAGUUGCUGAGUGCCACAGCCCGCCAGAGCUUCACAUAUUCCUGCCAGAACUCGGCCGCCUGGCUGGACGAAGCUGCAGGAGACCAUGGCCGCUCUGUCAGUUUCCUUGGGACCAACGGGGAGGAGCUGUCCUUCAACCAGACGGCAGCAACCACCAUCACUGUCCCCUAUGAUGGCUGCAGGCUCCGGAAGGGACAGACGAAGACCCUCUUCCAGUUCAGCUCUUCCCCAGUGGGAUUUCUGCCCUUAUGGGACAUGGCGUCCGCUGACUUUGGCCAGAUGAACCAGAAGUUUGGGUUUGAACUGGGCCCCGUCUGCUUUAGCAGCUGAGAGCUUCAGGGGUGGGAGGGAAAAUGAGGGAACCCCAGAUGGGGCACAUUUGGUGCUGAGGCUUUGAAGCCAUCACAUUUAUCGUCUCCUGGGACUGUGGAGCCAGGGGAGAGUCUGCUCAUCACGGUCAAACACUAUUCCUUCUCCAUUCCGGGGGUCUGGAGGCUGGACUCCCCUGGCCCAUGAGUCCCGUUUCCCUGCACUUCACCCCGGCUGGCAUAACUGUAGUCUGGCUCUGUCUGCCUUUCAUGCUCACCCGAUGCUCAACUCCCUCCCCCGACCCCCAUGCAAUGAACUUCUAACUCAGAGCUGAUGAAUGCCCCCCAUGCCUGCCUCCCACCCCUCAGUCAGUGCUCUCAACACCCUUUGGUGCUACCUUCCGCAUAGUUAAGCACUGGAUGUCUCCUGAUCCCAGGCUGGGACCCCUUCACUCAUUCCUAUUUUCAGGUGGGUUCACAGUGAACGGACUGAGGUCAGACGACAGAGGGAAGUGGGACUUGCCUAGGCUGAGCUGUGUGUUCCUUCUGCUGCCUCAGCCCCACUAGCUCUGAAUACUGCUUCCCCCCAUAUCUCCCCAAAUGCACCUUGCCAUGCCAGAUGGUUUGGGGGCCAAGAUGGUGGGGGUGUAAAUCAGGAUCCUAAUGGUGCUGCCCUAUUUAUACCGGGGUCUGUAUUAAAAGGGAAAACCCCCUCUGUUGUAUAUUUAAUCUGCUUCUUCCUUAGGGAGGCCUGGGAUAUGAUGAGAGAGAUUCUAGCGUGAUCCCGAAGUCCGCCCCCCGCCCCCCCCCCGCGCCCCAGGCCAUAGGGCAUAAUUGGCAUCUCAAGUCUGAGAAUAAACCAGUGAACUGUGU